ACCUAGUGAACACUUGUUACUUCCUGGUCACGGUUCCAGAACAUUUUCCAGGAGGUUUAAUGAGUAAAAUCUGCGAAUUUUGAUCUUUCAUUACAAUCAGACACCUUCAGUAGGAAUUUAAGAAUACAGUUUGUCUUUAGUUGCCCUGCAAGGAAACCCUUUUUGGGUUAAAGAAUAUUUCGGUGUCGGCCGAUGACAAAUGUUCAAACUGAUCCGUCUGGAAAGAGGCUGCAGAUUGCCAACAAUUCGCUUGUUCAAAAUGAAGCAGCAGCAAUUAAGGUUUGAUGGAAGAGUGGUCAUUGUCACAGGAGCUGGUGCAGGUCUAGGCCGAGCAUAUGCCCUUUUGUUUGGGUCUCGAGGCGCGUCAGUUGUUGUCAAUGACCUCGGUGGAAGUCGCGAUGGUGAUGGUAAAAGCACGAAAGCUGCGGAUAGUGUUGUUGCAGAAAUAAGAGCUCGGGGAGGCAAGGCUGUUCCUGAUUACAAUUCUGUUGUAGACGGCGAGAAAUUAGUGCAAACAGCCCUUGAAAAUUUUGGCAGAAUUGAUGUUGUUGUAAACAAUGCGGGUAUCUUGCGUGAUAAAUCAUUUGCCCGCAUCAGUGAUCAAGACUGGGAUCUCGUCCACAAUGUUCACUUAAAAGGGGCUUUCAAAGUAACUCAAGCAGCAUGGCCACACAUGAAAAAACAAAAUUAUGGACGGAUCAUCAUGACAUCCUCAAACUCUGGUUUGUAUGGAAAUUUCGGUCAAGCUAACUACAGUGCUGCUAAGAUGGGUCUUGUCGGUUUAGCAAAUACAUUGGCCAUAGAGGGAAGGAAGAAUAAUAUAUAUACUAACGUAAUCGUCCCCACAGCGGCAUCGCGCCUAACUGAAGAUAUAUUGCCUCCAGACUUUUUUGCUGAGCUGAGGCCGGAAUUAAUUGCACCCGUUGUUGUUUGGUUAUGUCAUGAAUCUUGCGAAGACAAUGGCGCUAUUAUUGAGUCUGCAGCUGGAUGGGCUACGAAGUGUCAUCUUGUUCGUGGUGCUGGCACACCUUUAAGAGUGCGAAUAACUGAUAAUGUUGCACCAGAAGAUGUUCAAAACCAGUGGAACAAAGUCACUGACAUGAGCCGAGCUCAGAGACACGAGUCCAUAGAGGAAGUUUCCAGUACUCUCCUUGGCAUUCUUGAAGAUAUGAAAUCCGGAGGCACUUCAAGCUCAUCAUCUGGAGAAGUUGAAAGUGUGUUUGAAUUCAGAUCAAAAGACUCAAUCAUCUACAAUAUUGGAAUUGGUGCCAAUGUUCAGAAUCCGAGUGAAUUAAAAUUCCUGUACGAAAAUCAUGAAGACUUUGCUGUUUUACCUUCAUAUGCAAUCAUUCCUGGGCAAAUGGCUUUCUUUGAGUCGGAUCUAGUUCAAAAUGCGGUCCCUGGCAAGUCUGUUGACCUAAGUCAGAUUUUGCAUGGAGAGCAGUACAUUGAACUCCUCAAACCUUUUCCAACAAGUGGUGUGCUAACCUCAACAGCCCGUGUCUCAGAUGUGAUGGAUAAAGGAAAAGGAGCUGUAAUUUUAUGUGAUGCGGAAACCUAUGAUGAAAGCGGUGAGAAGAUUGCUGUUUCGCAAAUGAGCGUUUUUGCAGUGGGUGCCGGUGGAUUUGGAGGCAAACGCACGUCUGAUAAAGCCAUUUCAACUAUAGAUCCUCCUUCCCGCUCUCCGGAUGCAUCCAUCAGUGAAAAAACGAAUCCUAAUCAGGCUGCAAUCUACCGUUUGAGUGGGGACUUCAAUCCUCUACAUAUUGAUCCCAGUUUUGCAGCUAUCAGCGGUUAUAGUACUCCAAUCCUUCAUGGUUUAUGCUCACUAGGCUAUGCAGUUCGACAUGUUUUAGCACAAUACGCAGACUAUGACCCUGCUCGAUGUAAAAGCAUUAAGACGAGAUUUGCAAAACCUGUUUAUCCGGGACAGACUCUCAAAACAGACAUGUGGAGAGAUGGUAACCGAAUAUUUUUCCGCACCUCUGUUGUCGAAAACAACAGUAUUGUUUUAACAGGUGGAUUCAUGGAUCUGACAGAAGUCACUGCUGCUUCAAAAGUAGUCUUGAAAGCAGCUUCAGCUGAUGAAAGUUUACCCAGUGAUGCAGUGUUUACUGGCAUGCAAGAAAGAAUUGACAGUGACAAGGAAGUGUGUAAAAAAAUCAAUGCCGUUUUCGUAUACAAUAUCACCAAGGAUAAAAACGUUGUUGCAACUUGGACCUGUGAUCUGAAACAAGGGAAAGUAUAUAAAGGGCUUCCAGUAGGUGGUGCAAAAGCUGAUACAACCCUCACCGUUGAUGAUGAAGAUAUGAUCGACAUCGCUCUGGGUAAAUUAAAUCCUCAGACAGCGUUCAUGAAAGGAAAACUAAAAAUCAAAGGGAACAUAAUGUUGGCCCAGAAAUUGAAAGCACUUCAGACUGCUGCUCCAAAGCUGUAGACUGUAGUGAAUUAAGUUUGAAUCAGCAUAGUUUUUUCAAUGGAAAAAUGAGUCAUUGGACACCGGUAAUUAAUUGAUAAAAAAUUUUCUUUUUUUUCCAAACGGGUAUACGUUUUCUUUCAUGUACUUCUUUUUGAAACAAGGGAUGAAAGAAGAAUCAAUAAUUUUCAAGAUAAGGAAGACAAAAUGAUCAAAGUGCAUCUUACUUGUCUGUCAUCAAUGUGAUGAAAGUAGACACUAAUUUUAAAAUAAUUAGAUAGGGGUGUGCAUGUUUUAUUUACAUUCCUGAUCUUUUGAAGGUCAUGUACCUAUUGGGGGGUCUAAGGUGUAGAGGGUCACAGAGUCAAUUACUAUCGUGGGUUUUUUGACACAUAAAAGUAACAAGUAGAAAAUCAUCUAGUUUUAUGAAGGGAUCUUACCAGUAUGUGAUUCCACUUGAAGUACUGUAAAGCGUUGUAACUGCCUCAAGGUGUUACUGAUCAUCGUAGGAGAUCAAAGUCAUUUGAUUCUUAUAAGUAUCGUAGUCCUUGAGGACUUCAAGUCUCUUUAUGUGGGUGCUGGGGUUUUAGAGAUUUAACAGAGUUAAUGCUUCUUCUACUUAUUUUAAUGUAAAUGGUAAGCGGUAUAUAUUAUAUUUUAUUUUUGUAUAAUCCCUCCUAUUUGUCUCUUUGUAGCGGGGGAAGAUAAAAAGAGAACGAUUUGGGGGUUCAGUGGCAGAUGAAUGCAUAGAAACCUUCUGUCUUGAACCAUCUUGCUUCUGAACCUCUUUGCAAGGAUCCUUUUAGAAAGUUCAUAAAUCAUACUCAUAACUUGGGUGGCAAUCUAAAUGAGAACCUUUUUUACAACUGCUCAAUUUUACUACUUAAUUCUGACCAAAAGAAUUUUCGUCUGGAUUGUUUUGGCAUUGUGUCUUUUCUCAUCCUUGUGUACAGACUGUAUUAGCAUGUAAGACCAAAUUGUUGAAGCUCAUUCUGAUUGCUACAUUUGUUUUGCACUCAUAUGUGUUUUGGACUCAUAUGAUUCACCUCAGAUACGUUACAUUGUGACAAAUGUAUCAAUCUAUGGGAAUUUUACUCAGUUAUUUUACAACAAGUUCCUUGCAAGUACUCUUAUGAAAAUAGUCAAGGAUCAUUAAAUUUCUCAUCUCCUAUCCACCGUUAUUUCUCUUUUUUAUCUCUCUUUAUAGUGAAAGCCUAGGCGGAUUAAGAAUGGUGGUCGCAUUUCGUACCCUCUGGACGUCACACGGUAUCGGGUACAUCGGGUACAUGGGCUGGCCGAGGCCGGGGGGGCCGACUCAACCUCGGAUUGCACGGCAAAACCCGUACCCUCCUGACGUCACAACGCUUCAAGAUGGCAGCCAAAAUCGAAAUGCGACCACCAUUCUUUAUCCGCCUUGAGUGAAAGCGAAAUUGAAAAGCAUCUUACAACUUUAAAUAUCGUUUUUAAAGCAAUGCUGAUUAUUUUUCGUUAACAUUUCUCUGUUCAUAAUUUUUGGCAUGCUUCAUUUUCAUACUAUGCCAUACCAUGAGAGUGAAGUCUCCAUAAAUUUUUUUUAAUAAGACCAAAAGACCUGCUAAUUUAAAUUUGGAAGAAUUUAACAAGACAUUAUCCAACCUUAGGUAAUCAACCCUAAUACUGAUCACAAAUAACGAUGCUGUUAAUCAAAAA